CUCAUGUGUGAGUGGGGGUACUUUGUUCAUGCUUGACUGCAUCCUGAGUAGCUGUUGUGAGUGAUGGAGGUGCUCCUGAGGAUGUGGGUUGCUCUGCUCCUGUUAGUUGCUAGUGCUUCUGCACAAAAUACUUCAGUGACUGUGUCAUGUGGUAGCUCACAUCUGCUGAUCACCGUGCCAGUGGACCUGCUUGGGACUGGUGUGCCUGUUAGUGCUGAUGAGCUGACCCUGGGAUCUGGCUGUACUGUGACUGCUGUAGACAGGAAGACACUAAAGCUGGAAUACCCUCUUACUGCAUGUGGGGCUACCAGAAAACUUCUCUCUGACAGCAUCCAUUAUGGAAACCUCCUCUAUUACAUACCUUCAGCCACAAAUGGUGUGAUCCGGGCCAGUCGAUUCUCCCAUUCCAUAGACUGUUUUUACCCUAGGUCCUGGAAUGUCUCGUCACUUGGUCUUCAGCCCACUUGGGUCCCCUUCAGUUCUACUCUGAUGGACAGACAGCACUUGGACUUUGCCCUUGAAGUGUUUGACAGUACCUGGUCACUACCUGUGUCUGAUCCCACUUACUACCUUGGGGAUCUAGUCAAUAUCCAAGCAUCAGUGAAAAAAGGUAGUCAUGUACCUCUGAAGAUCUAUGUGGAUGAAUGUAUUGCCCGACCAAGCAGAGAGUCCUCUGUGAAAUAUGAGGUCAUCACAAACCAUGGGUGCCUUGUAGAUGGGCAGCACAGCAGCUCCCACUUUCUUGCCAGACAAGAUGACUCGAUCCUCCGCUUCCAGUUGGACACAUUCACCUUCACUGGAGCCUCCAACAACCAGAUCUACCUUAUCUGUCACUUGAAGGCAGUGCCCACUGGCUCUGCAGACCCUCACAACAAGGCCUGCUCCUAUGACCACACCACUGCAUCCUGGAAGUCUCAUGAAGGAGGGGAUUGCUCCUGCUGCGCUUCGCUUGCUGGCUGUGGGAGCAGGAGGAGGAGGAGGCGGCAACAGCAGAAGAAAGGCCUCUUUGCGGAAGCAGACCUCAAACUUGGCCCCAUCAGUCUGAAAGAGGAGAUGAAUUUUUCCAUGAUGCAUGGCUUGAGCACUGCUGGGAUGAUGCUUGUUGCUAGCUCUGCUGCAUCGAAGACUUCUCAGUCUGCCAUGUUGCCUCAUAACCAGUUCGUGAAUACGAUUGUGAGGGGGGAAGUAAAAGACUCUGACUCCGACUCCUCCUCUGGGCUGCACCUCCCCUUCUCCACAGCCACUCUGGUCAUAGCUGUUGCCUGUGCCUUCAUCAUACUGGUGUCCAUCCUGGGCUGUUACUGCUCCACUAAACGUUCCCACAGUAGAUACCAUAUGGAGGUCGUUGGUGCUGCUCUGGGGGAGGCUGGUGCUGUAGCCAUGGCUCCUGCAGCCGUUGGGACAUCUGGGGAAUUCAGUGCAACCUCUAAGAAAGCUGGUGGGGUGGUAACUGUGGUGAGUGGGCAACCUACUUCUCUCUGAACAUGCAAUAUUUAACAAAUAAAUAUUGGUGGCAAUAGAAAAA